AUGGGUUUCAUCAUACUGACUUUAAGCUCACGGGCUCGGGCUGGGGCUCGCUCCCGCCUUGAACGAGAUCAUCGGCAUCGUCUCAAGCACUCCGCCCUCGAGAGCUCGUUCAAUCGCGGUUACAGCAUGUCUCGCUCCAAGAAGGCUAAGGGCAAGCAGAUCUACCGUCUACACCAGAUACUUAUCGAGUCUCGAAGUCAUCUCCGCGCUCUCUGA